AUAUAAAGACUGAACGCAGCAAGGAAAGGGCACAGCAAGAGAGAGAAGCAGCUCCUUUACUCUGAGAAAGCAGCCAGCCGAUCACACAAGAGGCAGAAUGAAAGCCUUCCUCCUCACCAUUGCUGCAGUGCAGAUUCUCCACUGCUCAGGAAUACCGAGCCCAAAGGAUGCACUGAGGGCAUCUAUCAUUAAAUUGAACCAAAUCACUGAGACCAGCAAUCUGUAUGGGAUAACCAGGAGAAGAGUGAAGGAUAUUUAUCACACAGGAAAACUGUCGUACAAUGUGGAUUUAACAUUCUCUGUGAAAGAAACCAUCUGCUCCAAGGAUUCUGGACUGGAAUUUGAUGAUCCCAGCUGUUACUUCCAUCCUAAAAAGACUGCAGAGAAAGGUUUGUGCAAAAGCCAUGUUGAAUAUUUUGCUAAUGAGGUCGUUGACAUUGAUGUACAGUGUCAAGGGUUGAAGAUGGUUGACAGCAACGGUGACUCAUUAGAAUCAAAUGAAAACAGCAAUGAGGUCAACACCAGAUCAAAACAGAUAUCAACUGAAGAAUCAUUGGAUUGGAAAAGCAAAUCAACAGAGACAUCUCUCGAGGACACUCCAAAUUUGAGCAUCGAUGAGUUGAAUAUUAAGUCGUCAGAAAGAUCACUCGAUAUGUCCUCAAAUGAAUACUACGAUGAUUCAAGAUCCCGACACUAACCAGGAAUGAAAAUUUUGAAAGGCUAGGCUUGGUCUGAACACAAAACCUCAUUCCAAAUAAAGAAGAUGCCUUGACUCUACUUGUUCCUAUAUAAACCUGAAGCCUGUGGCUGUACAUUUCACUGCAACUGGGAGAUUCUGUACUUUGUAAAUGUUCUGACCUUUAGUGUAGGUUUGUUAUAUUCUGUGAUUCACAUUAAAAGUGUAAAUAAAAUAUUUUCUAACAUCAUUUAGAGCGGAAGGUAAUUUUGCUCUGCAUUCAAGAUAUUAAAUGUGAGCUCGUCUGCUGGAAUUUAUCUUUCAAAUUCUCUGCUGAGAUGAUUUCCUCUACCAGCAGUUUACUGUUCAUUUGCUAAUAGACUAAUAAUGUCAAAUAACCUUUGAAUAUGAUGGCUGCAUUAUCGUGUUAAUCUAUAUUUGGAUUUAGAUUAUAAUUUUAACAGUAUCAUUACUGCAGAUGUGGGCAGUACUUUGCUAUCCUGAA